AUGCAGGGUACGCAACGACUAAUGAAAGGGUCAUUGAGGUACUUUCACAGUACUGUGAGACCAUUGAGACAACAGCAGUUCAUAAAUGCCAACUACCAAAGGCUACGUGAUCAUUAUGAUGUCCCUAAGUACCCAAUUGUGUUGUGCCAUGGAUUUUCAGGGUUCGAUAAGUUGACAUUGCUAGCCAAGCCUGACCUUGCUAUAGGAGAAGCUGUGAGCUCGGCAAAGGAAGCAAUCAAGGAUGAUAAACAAAAGGCGGAUGAUGCAAAACGACUGCUUCUCGAAUUGGAGUAUUGGGUUGGAAUUAAAGAAGCAUUGCAGAAAUUAGGCUCGACAGUGUUUAUCGCAAAAGUGCCAGCCUUUGGUGACAUUGAGAGCAGGGCUCGCAGUUUGGACAGAUUCAUAACCAAGCAGUGCAAAAUUCUACGGAAAAGCGAGUCAAAGUCGACAAUCUACACCGAUAACCGACACAAGAAUCAUGACACAUUUGCAGAAGAAGGCAAACCUAUCAAAGUGAAUCUCAUCAGCCAUUCAAUGGGAGGCUUGGACUCCCGGUAUCUCAUAUCAAAGAUUCAUAGAAAUGACAAUAUUUACAAAGUGGUCUCACUUACCACGAUAUCCACUCCACAUCAUGGAUCCGAGUGUGCUGAUUUUCUCGUUGAUCUCGUUGGUAAGAAUCCAUUAUUGAAGCAAAUAUGUCCUAAAUCAGUAUAUGAACUCACAACAGAAUCCAUGGCGAAGUUUAACAAGAGUGUGCCGGACGAUCCCAAUGUCCAAUAUUUCUCCUUUGGAGCAAAAUUCAAUCCUCGUUGGUACAAUUUGUUCAAUUUGACGUGGCAGAUUAUGAACUAUGAGAUUGCUAAAGAAAAUCCACAAGGCCAAAGCUCUACAAAUGAGUCCCACUUUGCAAAUGAUGGGCUAGUAAGUGUCGACAGUGCAAAAUGGGGUACAUAUAUUGGCACUUUGGAUCAAGUCGAUCAUUUGGACCUCAUAAAUUGGACAAACCGAGCACGUAGUUUCUACGACAAAAUAAUGUGGGCAAGAGAUCCACCGUUUGAUCCAAUCGCCUUGUAUUUAGAUAUCGCAGACAAGUUAGCAAAAAGAGGACUCUAA